CCAUUGAAAGACUCAUACUCACACACAUUCAUUACUUCAUAAGAGUGACCCGAAGAGAGUUCAUCUGAUCGGCCCUUUCAAUGGUUAUCAAUGACUGGUUUGAGGACUUCUGUGGCGGACAUCAGUUCUGGGACAACGACUUGACAUGGAAUACAACGUCUCCUGAAUUGACAGAAUGCUUCCGUCAAACGGCCCUAAUAUGGAUCCCAUCGGCAUUCCUAUGGCUGUUUGCGCCGAUGGAAUGCAUACUAAUAGCCCGAUCCCGGGCUCAUCUCAUACCCUGGAAUAUCUAUAACAUGACACGAAUCAUAUCCGUUGCCAUCAUAUGUCUGUUCAGUUUACUCGACUGUUUAUUCUGUAUUUAUCUCUACGUUCAAUACGAUGAACAGCGAUAUGCCUCUCAAUUUUGUGCCCCUUUUGUUACUUUUGCAACUUUUCUAUUACUCGAUGUCUUAUUAUUGUUCCAUCGAUGGAGAGGAAUACACACGAGUGGAGUGGUCUGGAUAUUCUCGUUUCUGGCACUGGUGUUCAGUUUCCCCACUUUCUACACCUUUUGUUUCCUCCAACGCCCCGAAUAUUACUAUGAAUUCAUCUCAUAUUUAGUCUACUAUUCAGCGCUGAUUGUUGUGUUUCUUCUCUCGUGUUUUGCCGAUUCUCUGCCAAAAUACAGUCCGACGGCGACUGACCCUCAACUCGACGAAUCGUCUCCUGAUUCGGAAGUCCAUCUAAACUCUCCUGAAAUUGAGGCCUCAUUUCUGUCGAAAAUAACCUUUUGGUGGUUCAAUGGGUUAGCCAUCAAAGGCUACCGCAAAGGACUGACCAGUUCUGACUUAUGGAACCUUCGGGAAGACGACAAAACCAAUACAAUUGCCCCACAGUUUGACAAGAAUUGGUUGAAACAAAUCUCUUACUCGAAAACUAGAAAAGAGAGUCAAAAUUUGGUGUCUUAUCAUAACAAUGAGGCAACCAUUGAAACAAAGACUGUCAUUCCAACUAAGAAUCCGGGAGUUCUUGUGACACUUAUAAAGACAUUUGGGAGCUAUUUCGUGACGGGCGCCGCCUUUAAAUUAUUACACGAUCUCUUGCAGUUUGUUUCGCCGCAACUACUUAAAUCGCUGAUUAUAUUUGUGUCAAAGCCGACUGAAGUAGAGCCUGUAUGGCACGGAUACUUCAUAGCACUGAUGCUUUUUCUGACGGCGUGUGUGCAGUCCUUAAUGCUUAACUACUACUUCAAUGUGAUGUUUGUGAUCGGAAUGCGAGUCCGAACGGCCUUAACAUCAGCCAUAUAUCGAAAGUCAUUGAAUUUGAGUAAUUCUGCGCGAAAGGCAACGACAACCGGGGAAGUCGUGAAUUUAAUGUCAGUAGACGCUCAACGGUUUGUCGAUUUGUUGACGUUUAUAAACCUGGUCUGGUCGGCACCCCUUCAGAUAUUUUUGGCACUAUUUUUCUUAUGGCAAGAGUUGGGACCGUCAGUGUUGGCUGGACUCGCAGUCAUGAUACUCUUGCUUCCGGCCAAUGCUUUCUUAGCCACAUAUCAACGAAAACUGCAAAUCAAACAAAUGAAGGAAAAGGACGAAAGAGUGAAAACAAUGAAUGAGAUAUUGAAUGGCAUCCGUGUUAUCAAACUGUAUGCGUGGGAAAAGUCUUUUAUGGAGAAUGUGUUCAGAAUCCGAAACAUUGAGCUCAACAAUCUGAGACAUAUGGCAUAUCUGAGUUGUGUUUCCACUUUUCUCUGGACUUGUGCCCCGUUUCUCGUAUCUCUCGUCACAUUUGGUUUGUAUGUAUUGAUUGACGAAAAUAAUGUAUUGGACGCCCAAAAAGCAUUCGUAUCUUUGGCACUGUUUAACUUAUUACGGUUUCCUAUGACUAUGUUACCACAGAUGAUUACUUUCAUUGUGAUGACCUCUGUGUCUGUCAAAAGAUUGAAUAAAUUCUUCAAUUCGUCUCAAUUGGAAAAGUAUGUGACGAGAAACGAAGACCCGGAUCAUGUCAUAUCUAUAGAGAAGGGAACCUUCACCUGGAAUACGAAAGAUGAAACAGAUUCUGACGAUAAAACUGAUAUUCCGGUCGCAAACACAUUGAUUGACAUCGACAUCAAAGUUAAAAAGGGAUCGUUAGUGGCUGUUGUUGGCUCUGUGAUUACUUUCAUUGUGAUGACCUCUGUGUCUGUCAAAAGAUUGAAUAAAUUCUUCAAUUCGUCUCAAUUGGAAAAGUAUGUGACGAGAAACGAAGACCCGGAUGAUGUCAUAUCUAUAGAGAAGGGAACCUUCACCUGGAAUACGAAAGAUGAAACAGAUUCUGACAAUAAAACUGAUAUUCCGGUCGCAAACACAUUGAUUGACAUCGACAUCAAAGUUAAAAAGGGAUCGUUAGUGGCUGUUGUUGGCUCUGUCGGUUCGGGAAAGAGUUCACUAAUCAGUGCUAUAUUAGGGGAAAUGGAUUGUGUGAGUGGACUGGUCAACGUUAAUGGAAGCUCUAAGAUAGCAUACGUGCCCCAACAGGCGUGGAUUCAAAACACUUCCCUAAAGAAUAAUGUUGUGUUUGGAGUGAAAGCCGAUAAACAGAAAUACGACAAAAUAAUAAAGGCCUGCGCUCUGGGCCCCGAUCUGGCUAUACUUCCCGGAGGGGACGACACAGAGAUCGGCGAAAAAGGCAUCAAUUUGUCGGGCGGUCAGAAACAGAGAGUGUCUGUCGCGCGCGCCUGUUAUUCGGACGCAGAUAUUGUCCUUAUGGACGACCCAUUGUCUGCCGUCGACUCACACGUCGCUAAACAUAUGUUUGAAAAAGUGUUGAGUAAUGAA